ACAAUGGUGGUGGCCUAGUUUCCAGGCGCAGCCUCCCCGAUCCCCGAGUGGGAGGAACCUCCUCGUCCUUGCCCGGGCUGUCUCCGUCCCUGAAUCCCUGCUUCCCAGUCGCUCCGAGCUCCAUCUCAUCCCGUCCAGCGUACCUCUAGACGUCAUCCAUCCUAUCAUCCUCCAAGAUGAGCGCGUCAGGUAGCAAGUACAAACUCAGCAAGGACACUGCAGACCUCAAAUACACAGAUAUUUUACCGAUCUGUCCUGAGGGUCUGCCAGCGACUCGUGAGUUCCUGUUGAAAGUGGUGGAAAUCCUCCUCGACUACAUCAAGGAUGAGAGCAACCGCGAAGAGAAGAUACUUGAUUUCCAUCAUCCGGCAGACAUGCGCUCCCUCCUCAGCCUCGAAAUCCCAGACAAGGGUGUCACGCUCCAACAACUAGUCGACGACUGUGCAGUUACUCUCAAGUAUCAAGUUAAAACAGGGCAUCCUCGAUUUUUCAACCAGUUAUCAUGCGGACUGGAUUUGGUUUCAAUGGCUGGAGAAUGGUUGACUGCUACUGCCAAUACAAACAUGUUUACAUAUGAAAUUGCUCCCGUUUUCAUACUUAUGGAGAGCGUCAUUCUUGAAAAAAUGAGAGAUAUCAUAGGAUGGAAGGACGGAGACUCUAUUUUGGCUCCCGGUGGCUCGAUAUCAAACUUAUAUGCUUUUUUAGCGGCAAGACAUAAGAUGUUCCCUGGUUACAAGAAGAAUGGUCUCCAUUCUAUCAAAGGUCAUCUGGUUAUGUUCACAUCAGACCAGUGUCAUUAUUCAGUGAGGAGCUGCGCAGCUGUUUGUGGACUUGGUACCGAUAAUUGCGUUGAGGUUCCAUCUGAUAAAAGAGGGCGAAUGAUACCCGCGGAACUGGAGCGACUGGUAAUUGAGAGGAAAUCGAGGGGAGACGUCCCCUUCUUUGUAAAUUGCACCUCUGGCACUACUGUCUUGGGAGCCUUCGAUCCAAUCAACGAAAUAGUAGAUAUCUGCCAAAAAUAUAAGCUCUGGUGUCAUGUUGAUGCAGCCUGGGGAGGCGGAUUGCUGUUCUCGAAGAAAUAUAGGCACCCACGGUUAUCUGGAAUUGAAAGGGUCGACUCAGUGACUUGGAACCCACACAAGCUGAUGGGCACUUUGCUGCAAUGUUCAACAGUCCAUUUCAAAGAACCGGGUCUGCUGAUCAGCUGUAAUCAAAUGAGCGCAGAGUAUUUGUUCAUGCAGGAUAAACUGUACGAUGUGCAGUAUGAUACAGGAGACAAAGUUAUCCAAUGCGGCCGACACAAUGACAUAUUUAAACUUUGGCUUCAAUGGCGGGCUAAGGGGGAUGAAGGAUUUGAAAAACUCAUGGAUCGAUUAAUGGAACUGAGCGAGUACAUGGUCGCUCGUAUAAAAUCUAUGCCGGAUAAAUACUACCUCCUCCUUGAACCAGAGUGUGUGAAUGUUAGUUUCUGGUACAUUCCAACUCGCUUGCGGUCUAUGCAGCACAGUACGGAGCGGGAAGCAAUUUUAGGAAAGAUAACGCCAGUUUUAAAAGGUAGGAUGAUGCAAGCCGGAACUUUGAUGAUAGGAUAUCAGCCGGAGAAGGACACCCCCAAUUUCUUCCGCAACAUUAUUUCAAGUGCUGCUGUGACAGAGAGUGAUAUUGACUUCCUCUUGGCUGAGUUGGACCGCCUUGGUCAUGACCUAUAGUGAGUUUCGCAGUAUACAUGAUAGAUAAAACACAGCAACAAGUUUUAAAUGGUGCUUCGUUGUUAUUGAUUUCUCAAAAGAGUAUUUUUAACAAAAUAAAAAUAAAAAAUUGAAAAAAAUAAUUAACAAUAAGAGAGAAGAUGCAUCAGCCUUGGAGGAUUUUUAUUAAAGGUAGAUUUAGUAUAGAGUUUCAUUAAUGAACCAAGUUUCAAAAAGUGACUCUGAUAACAGCCGAGAUAGCAUUUCUGGCCAAGUUCCCCCUCUUGGAUUUUAUAAUUUUGAAAAUUGGACUCGAGCUCUCCGUUAAAUACUACCAUUUGACAUCAAAUUUCAAAAAAAUGGAUCGAUGCAUGAGCCGAGAUGGUGAUCACCUACCAAACCUACAAAGUAACAAAAAGUCACAGAGACACAAUUUGAUAAGUUUCCUUGAAGAAAACAAUACAAACAAAGCAAUUUCAAAACGUUGGAAUAUUUUGUUGCGGCUGUUCAUGAAAAUACAGGACUUUUAUCGUUCUGAUAGGUCACAAAGCUCGGGAACCGAUCGCUACAGAGUCAGGUUGGGUUAAGUUGGGUCACGCAACUAAACUAACUUAAUGACAAAGCGAGAUGUAUCACUCGAAUGGAAGGCGCCCCACUCCGGAAUAUGUACACCUUAUUUCUACAACUUAUGUCAACUCUUUAGGCUCUUCGUCUUUUUUUGUACACUUUGAAGUAGCCUGCGAAAAAGCAGCUUAUGAAUACUUUGAUGUUGCCAAAUUUCUUCUGAUAAAUACAGGAAAAAAGUGCACCCAACCCACAGAGCUGAUACUAAGAAAACUGUACAUCUCGCGGCAACGUAAAUUUUAGCCUGCUAAUUUAUAUAAAAUUAGUAUAGAUUGCAUUACCGGAUGUAUUGUCGGGUAAUUAAAAAAAAUUUUGAGAAAAUCUUCGACCGUUCCAUUGCUGCAACCCUAUAAUGUUCUAGAACUCAAGUGGUAGGGUGAAGUCAAUACGCGCUCCAUCGGUUGAGCGCUUGAUCGAGGAACAAAGCAGCAAAGUACCUGUCUAAUUAAGUGGUGAUUUCCCACAGAAAAAAAAAAACAAAAAAAAACAAAACAAAACAAAAAAGAGGCUGAUGCAUUUUGCAACUGCUGUUUGGCUUUAAUAUACCUACAUAAAAUGAAUGUAUUUAUUAUUUAGGUACUUAUUUCAUAUUCUUUACAUUAGGUUAGUAGGUCUGUACCUGUUUUUGACAGUCAUGUUUUAUUUGCGAAAGUACUGGGGCUGACAUAGCAUACUGGAGGGAUUGUUUGUUGGAAAAAGUAGAACCCAUGCCCGUAAACAUAUUAUUGUUUCCUGAAAUUGUAAUUUCUAUGCGGCUUUUCGUUCAGCUAGAGAAAGGAGGUCGACUAGAUGAUUGUUAUUUUUUUAAAAGACUGCAAGGUAUGAGCAGCCCUUUCUAAGUGUUAAAAAAUAACGACAAGGACAAAGUCACCGUAAAACCAAGAAAUUGGACAAGAAACUUAUCUUUGACUCAAAUAUUUGAAGGCAAAGUGUAGAAAAUAGCAUUUAUAAGUAUAUGCUUUAGGAAAAAUGUAAUACUACAGAAAUGGUAAGUAGGUACGUAGGUCUUCAGGCUCCUAUCCAAACUAUUAGAAAGAAAAAUAAAAGCCUGAAAGAUAGGUAAGAUGGAUAAAAUUCGAAUUCAAAUUUUUUGGCCAAGCUUGAUUUGUUCUCGCUGAAUUUGUUGAUGAUUGGAAAAAUUUAUUAAAGAAAUUGUUGAUGAAAGUGUCGAUUAAGAGAAUUUAUUUAAGGAGGUAGGUAAGGGUAUUGUUGAAAAUUAUUUUACUAAAAGUUAUUUUACAAGUUACCAUGCACUUCAAAAAAUUUCCCAACCAGUGAUAUGUACUAUUUUAUUUGAGAGCGCUAUUUUUUAUAUUAGAUUUAGAUAUUUAAUUUGAAAUUUGAUUUAUCAAAGAUCUCUGCCCUUUUCGGCAUGUUCAAUUAUUAAGGUAUACUUAAUUUUUCAAGAUGCGGAAUUAUGCACUACGCACAUCAUUUUUCAGAUGACUUCGGGAUGAAAGCUGGAAGACAAUUACACCCUUGACUAGAAUUUUGUUGUUAGAUAAUAAUGAUCAAUGUUUCACUGAGGAGCAUUAAAAAAGAAUUAUUCUCCCUGCAGUUUAAGUAUUUUGAGAGUUUACCCGGAAUUUUAGUGAAGAAAGCAAAAGAGUUAGUGAUCAAUUGUUUUCAGCGGGGCGAUUGUUGAAACUAUUUCUUGCUGUGUCAACACGGUAUCUAAGUAAAAGACAAGGCGGGGCCCUAAUUAGGCAACUUAAUGUACAGUUUUUUGACAUCUUUUCACGCUGGCAUGAGAUUCAACAAUCAGUCUGCAGAUCACAUGAAUAAAUUUACUCUCGAUUCUCCAAAAUGUUUCUAACAAAGCUCGAAUAUUUAUGUUGCAUUGUUACUAAGUAUGUAUAUUAUGUUAAUAAUACGAUAUAUAGUCGCUUUAUUUAAAACCAUUUUUUCUCUUAGUUUUUAUUAGGUGUGCAAGUUGUCAAAUACAAUUGAUUAUUAUUUUUUAGAGGGGGGAGGAAGGGUCCCAAGCAAUUGAGAUAAGGGGUUGUAAAAAGUUCUGGUGCCACUCGGUGGAAGAGCUCGGAUACUUUAUAACACUCAUAAUGAGAGUAGCGGGCUGAUUAUUGAAAUUUAUAGACAAAGAAGACAAACGGGAAAUGAAGCGAUCCUAUUGGUUGAAACGCUUGGCUCUAAUAGACUUAGGGGGGACAUAAUGUACUAACUAUGGAGUCUCAUGAGUUGCCGUUGGUUAGUCUAAUCACUUAUUUUCUUCUCCCAUUGCGACCAUCAGCUUCCGCUAUAAUGUGACCACUUCAAUUUCCCUUUGCCUUUUUUGUUCAGCUCUUCGUCAAUCAAUGUCAAUAAUCUUGUAGUUGGCUAACAUGGUGCCUUGAGUAAGGUUCACGGUUGGCUCUUAUGAAAAAAUUAUUGAAAAAUUGAAGGAAUGAGCUCAGAGCUUUUGUGGACGAGUAAAUUAAUCCUGCGCGAUGAUUUUGGCCGCAGCAUUAAUUUGAGACCUCAAGAGUUUAACAUUUUUCUAGCAAGUAUUAAGGUUAGCCGACGUUUGAUUGCAUACCUAUCGGUGGUUCGGUGUGCUUAGAGACGUAUCGACUGAUCUGCCAUUUAAACCUACAGAAAAGGAUCGAUAAACAUGGGGUGUUUGCAUUAAACACCAAGGUAAUCGAUUCUUUACCAUAGUUUCAAAUGGAGAAAUAUCGAUAAUCGAUCAUUCAGGCUUCGCCACUCUUGCAUAUGAAUGGCUGGCUAAAGUUGAAAAAUACAUACCAUUUGCAAUGUUACAAGUCUUUGCUUACGCUGUUCUUUUCUUUAAGAGAGAGUACAUUCAAUACCUAUUUUUUUUUAAAAUUUCGUAGACAUUUUUAUCACUCAGUCCAAAAUAUUUCUAGAACAUUUUAGGGGAAAAUGUUGGUGUGUUUUCAUUUAAAAUAAAAAGAAUAAUUGGAGGUUUUCAAAUGUUGCAAUGGACACAUUUUUCAACUUUGCCUUCGAUAUCUGCAAGAAACGGGAAUUUUUAAAAUGAAGGGAAGGGGGGGGGGAGGACGGAGGGGAUUUUUAAAAAUGCAAAAUUUCGAUACGAAAAAAACACUGCGAGCCAGAAGUUGCCACGUACAACAUGUAACUGUAUCUCUUUGCAAAGCCUGAAUUUUUACUGAUCCACUCAUUCAUUAGUUUUCCCGUGAAAAAUAAUGUAAAUAUUGAUUUAGAGACUGUUGUAAAUUUAACCUCUUUGAUCCUUCUACCAACUACGUGCAAUAAUUUGGCGAGAGAGACAUAUUAUUUACACUUACAUAUUAAGAAGACUUCUUGGUCUAAAGAUUUAUUUCUCGUAGAGAUGUGAUUCCUGUUACUUGUUUUAGAGAGCAAUUUGAUUCUUGGUCCGUUAAAGGAUUUCUUUUUAUUUAUCUGAACAAGAGGUGCCAAUUAAAUAUAAAACCCUUGCUUGUGUGUCCUCUGUGACAAGAGCUAUGUUUCGAUCUAGGUGUACGCUUAGUUGAUUAUUUUGAUUGACAAAAAAGAAAAAAAGAAAAGAAAAUGAAACGUGGUAACUUGGUCUUUAAAGGACCCUCAUAGCAGUAGCUAAUGGAAUUCAUAAAACAAAAUAAUAGGAAUCAUGAAAA